UGCAAAACCUUAAUUCUAUUUGAAGUAAAUACUAUAUAUCCAUUUGGAUCUUGAGGCACAAAAAGUCCAUUCCCUAGUAAGAAGGAGAGCCAUAACAUCAUACGCAGCAUCUCCCUUAUAACCCUUUUCUUGCACACUCUUGUCCUCAAUUUUGUAUCUAUCCUAAACUUUUUGAAUCUUCAAAUUUUCUUGUUUUUUUCUUACACAUAAUUUUUCUUAAAAAUGGCUGAGGAUCCACAGGACAUCGCGGAUCGGGAGCGCAUUUUCAAGCGCUGUGACAUCAACGGGGACGGCCAAGUGUCUGCCACCGAGCUCGGAGAGGCGCUUAAGGUGUUGGGCUGUGUGACGCCGGAGGAAGUCAACCGGAUGAUGUCCGAGCUCGAUAGUGACGGUGAUGGAUUCAUCUCAUUCGACGAGUUCACUGAGUUUGCAAGAAAGAAUCGAGGUCUCAUUCGAGAUGUUGCAAAAAUAUUCUAAUAUUUAAAUGAUAAGUAACUAAAUUAUUAUUAUUAUUGGAAAAAAAGAAGACUUUAGGAUUGAUUUGUUGGAAAAUAUUGAUAGAAAUGCAUUAAUAGUUAGAAAUUUAUUGUAUGAUUUAAAUACAUAUACAUACUAUUUUAGGUUAGGUGGUUUGUUGUAAGAGAAGUUUUGAGUAGUAAAGUAACACCACAUUUUGUA